CCAUUCAUUCAUAAUUGAAACUCGCAGCUGAACGCAAGCAAAUUAUAAAAAAUACAUAAAUAAAGCAAUUUUCUUAUUUGUUUUUAUUUUUUCUUAUCUCAAAAUACAAAAAAUUUAUUCUAAAAAUGGGCAAAAAAAAUAAAAAAGGAGGUGGUGAUGGAGGAGACCCUCCGAAAGAAAAUAAUCCUCCCAAAGGUGGAGGAGGAGGAUCUGGAAAUCAACCAGGACCAGGAAGUUCUGGUAAUCAACAGAAAAAAGAAUCUAAGCAGCAUGAAGGAGGCGGACCUCAACAGCAAGGAGGUGGAGCUCAAAAACAAGGAGGAGGACCCCAACAGCAAGGAGGUGGACCUCAAAAACAAGGAGGAGGACCCCAACAGCAAGGUGGUGGACCUAAAAAACAAGGAGGUGGACCCCAACAGCAAGGAGGUGGACCUCAAAAACAGGGAGGUGGACCCCAACAGCAAGGAGGUGGACCGCAACAACAAAGAGGUGGACCCCAGCAACAAGGAGGAGGUGGACCCCAACAGCAAGGAGGUGGACCGCAACAACAAAGAGGUGGACCUCAGCAACAAGGAGGAGGUGGACCCCAACAGCAAAGAGGUGGACCUCAACAACAAGGAGCUUGGGGACAGCAGCAACAAGGAGGAGGUGGACAGCAACAGCAAAGAGGUGGGCCCCAGCAACAGGCAGGUGGACCCCAACAGCAAAGGGGUGGACCCCAACAACAAGGAGGUUGGGGCCAACAGCAACAAGGAGGAGGUGGACCCCAACAGCAAAGGGGUGGACCCCAGCAACAAGGAGGUUGGGGCCAACAGCAACAAGGAGGAGGUGGACCCCAACAACAAAAAGGAGGAGGUGGACCCCAACAACAAAGAGGUGGACCCCAGCAACAAGGAGGUUGGGGCCAACAGCAGCAAGGAGGAGGUGGACCCCAACAGCAAAGGGGUGGACCCCAGCAACAAGGAGGUUGGGGCCAACAGCAACAAGGAGGAGGUGGACCCCAGCAACAAGGAGGCUGGGGCCAACAGCAACAAGGGGGAGGUGGUAGAGAUGUCAGAAGUCAAAGCCAACAAAGUGGAGGCAGUGGGGAUGGUGGAAGUCGGGGAAGUGGCGGUGGAGGACGCGGAGGCUUCGAUGGUGGACAGAGAGGUAGGGGAGGUUAUCAAGGAGGUAGAGGCGGAGGUGGUGGUGGUGGCGAUAGAGGUUAUCAAGGUGGUGGUGGUGAUAGAGGUUAUCAAGGUGGUGAUAGAGGUUAUCAAGGUGGUGGUGGCGACAGAGGCGGCGGCGGUGGACGUGGUGGUAGAGGAGGUGGGGGUCGCGGGGGCGGACGGGAUCAAGGCGGCUAUCAACAAGGGCCUCCCUCAAGCAAUGCCGUUGUACGUGUUCCUAAGCCUCCAACAAACGGUAUACAAAGAGGAACACGCGGCCAACCAUUUGAACUUGAAACCAAUUAUCUUAUGAUGAAUUUGAAAAAUAUGCCUGACGUCGCCUAUCACUACGAUGUUAAAAUUGAUCCCGAUCGCCCAAAGAAAUUUAUGCGCGAUGCUUUCGAUGCCUACGUAAAAAAAAUCUUUCCCAAUCACGACUUGGCAUAUGAUGGAAAAGCCAAUGCUUACAGUCCUGUUUUAUUGGCAACUGAUAAACUUGGAUCUGAAAUAACGGUGGAAGUUAAUGAAAGAGACAGAAAAAUUCCAUUCAAAGUCACAUUAAAGGCUACUGAUGAUGUUGAAAUUGAUUUAAAAUCAAUCAAAACUGCAAGUUAUCACACUGAAAGAAUCUUCGAUAAGCCAAUGCGUGCAUUACAAUGUAUUGAAGUCGUCCUUAGUACUCCUUGUCAUCUGUAUGGUGUACGUGCUGGUCGAUCGUUUUUCAAAGAACCAAGAGAUAAGAUUGAUUUAGGUGAUGGUUUUGAGCUUUGGUAUGGUCUUUAUCAAGCAGCAAUGCUAUGCGAUCAGCCUUUGUUAAAUGUUGACGUAUCACACAAGUCAUUCCCCAGCAAAGUUAACCUAGUUAACUUUUAUGAAAAUUUGCGUUUUCAAGAUCCCAGAGCUCUAAACGAUUUGCUCAAAGGUCUCCGAGUGACUUACAAACCGCCAGCAGUCUUUAAAAGCGUCGAAAAGGAAUUUAAAUUCGUUGGAGUUAAAGAUGCCUCUAAUAAACAAACUUUUAAGACAGACGACGGCAAACAACUAACAGUGGAACAAUACUUCCAGUCUAAAGGAUGUAAAUUACAAAAACCACACCUCCCAUGUAUACAUGUUGGUAGUACUGUAAAAAAUAUUUAUAUUCCACUUGAAUUUCUGGAAGUACCUCCUGGCCAGGCUAUUAUGCGCAAAGAUAAUGAAAAUCAAGUCCGACAAAUGAUACGACAUGCAGCAACAAGUACUGACGUUCGCAAAGCAAAAAUUAUGGAUCUCCUUCGAAGUUUCAACUAUUACAUGCAUCCAACAGUAGAAAGAUUUGGCAUAUCUGUGGAUAAAAAUUUUAUCACAGUUAGUGCACGUCUUUUGUCAUCGCCAGCUAUAGAAUAUUCUCAAGGAAGAAAUAUUAAUAUUGAUAGACCUGGAGAAUGGAUGAAUAGAGGUGUUCGAUUCUAUAAAUGCGAUUCAAAAACCACUCAUAAAUGGGCGAUUAUAAAUAUUUCACAGAAACAAGAUAUAAAUGCUAUGUUUUUGAGAGAGCACUUUGUUGAAAAGAUUAGCAGAGAAGCCGAUAAAUUGGGUAUGUCCUUGGCUAGAGAAUGUUCUGAAAUUCGAGAGAUACAAGGAAGGGGUCGCGCACCGCCUAGCAUUUUACCAGAUCUAAAAAAAUUCAAAACCGACAAAUUGAGUAUUGUUUUUGUUAUACUACCAUUCGCUGCUGAAGCAUACGGCCGUGUUAAACAAGAGGCAGAACUCUCUUGUGGCAUUGUAACGCAGUGUAUUAAAGGCGAUACAAUACGAUCAUAUAAUAAAAGAUUUAAUCAAGAUAAAAUCAUUGACCAAAUGACAAUUGGAAAUAUCCUGUUGAAAGUUAAUGCCAAACUAAAUGGCACAAAUCAUAAAAUUUCACCAUCUAAUGAAAUAAAUCUGCAAAAAUCUAAAGUAAUGUUUGUUGGUGCUGAUGUAUCACAUCCGUCACCAUUGCAAGUUAAUUUGCCAAGUAUUGUUGGUGUUGUUGCAUCUCAUGAUCUUCAUGGAACACAAUACAAUAUGCAAUAUCGUUUACAAACAGCUAAAUUGGAAACAAUCGAAGAUAUGCAAAAUAUUAUGACACAACAUUUGAAUGUUUUUAGGACUUCAACUGGUUGUUUACCAGAUCAUGUGAUAUAUUAUAGAGAUGGUGUUUCCGAUGGACAAUUCCCGUUGAUAAAACAAAUUGAAGUGAACGCAAUGCGCGCAGCAUGUAAAGCGAUGAAAUGCUCAGCAAAAUUCACAGUCAUUAUUGUUGUGAAACGCCAUCAUACGCGUUUCUUCCCAAAAUCCAGCGAUGGCGAAGGCAAAUACAAUAAUGUCAAAGCAGGAACUAUUGUCGAUCAAACAAUUUGCCAUCCCAAUGAAACACAAUUCUUUUUGGUUAGUCAUAAGGCUAUUCAAGGAACAUCUAAACCAACACGCUACAACGUCAUAAUUGAUGAUGCAAAUAUAAAUAUCGAUGAUUUACAAGCUAUGACAUAUAACUUGUGCCACUUGUUCCCGCGUUGUAAUCGUUCUGUAUCUUAUCCAGCUCCAGCGUACUUAGCGCAUUUAGUUGGACUCCGUGGACGUGCCUACAUUGAAGGGAGCAAUUUACAAUUGGAGAAUCUCAAGGCAGAAUACAGCAAGCGGGCCGUUUCCAAUGACAUUAUGAAAUGCAACCCAAUGUUUUUCGUUUAAUUAUUUAGUUAUAUUUAACCAAUUCAUGUUAUUCUUUCAUUUUAUUUUUUAAAUAAUCAUUUAUAUAUCAAGUACCUAUUCAAAAUAAAAAAAAGUAAUGGGCAUAAUAUUAUGGAUGACAAGCCAACCAAGUUUCAUCUACUUUCUACAAUAGUUUUGCCUCUUUUUAUUUAAGGUUGACUUCCUUUAAGAUAAGUCAUCAAACAGAGACAAGUAAAAAUUAAAGUUAGAUUUUCGUAGAAACGACUGAUUCAAUUGAAUUGAGUUGUCAUUCAUAAUAAUGCCCUAAAAAUACAGCUAAACAUAAA